GCAGAAGCUGAGGAAGAUUGUCAUCCCGAUGCUGUGAGAGCAGGAGAUGAUGAUGAAACUGAGAGCCCGGCUGAGACAGAUCUGCAGGCACAGCUCCAGAUGUUCCGAGCUCAGUGGAUGUUUGAACUUGCCCCAGGUGUAGGCUCGAGCAACUUGGAAACUCGGUCUUGUAGAGCAGCAAGAGGCUCUUUACUGAAAACAGCGGAUACCAAAGGAAAGCAAGAGCUGGCAAAAGAAGAAAAGGCUCGUGAACUAUUCCUAAAAGCAGUUGAAGAAGAACAAAACGGAGCUCUCUAUGAAGCCAUCAAGUUUUAUCGUAGGGCUAUGCAGCUGGUGCCUGAUAUAGAGUUCAAGAUCACUUAUACCCGAUCUCCAGAUGGUGAUGGCGUUGGAAACAGCUACAUCGAAGACAGUGAUGAAGACAGCAAGGUGGCCGACCUCCUGGCCUCCUUCCAGCAGCAGCUCACGCUUCAGGAGUCUGCGCUCAAACUGUGUCAGCCUGAGCUCGAGAGCAGCCAGACUCACAUAUCAGCGUUGCCGAUGGAGGUGCUCAUGUACGUCUUCCGAUGGGUGGUGUCCAGCGACCUGGACCUCAGGUCUUUAGAGCAGUUGUCACAGGUGUGCAGGGGAUUCUACAUCUGCGCCAGAGACCCUGAAAUCUGGCGUCUGGCCUGCUUGAAAGUUUGGGGCAGAAGCUGUAUUAAACUUGUUCCGUACACAUCCUGGAGAGAGAUGUUUUUAGAAAGGCCCCGUGUUCGGUUUGAUGGCGUGUACAUCAGUAAAACCACGUAUAUCCGUCAAGGGGAACAGUCUCUCGAUGGUUUCUAUCGAGCCUGGCACCAGGUGGAAUAUUACAGGUACAUAAGAUUCUUCCCGGACGGCCACGUGAUGAUGCUGACCACCCCCGAGGAGCCCCAGUCCAUUGUGCCGCGGCUGAGGACGAGGAAUACCAGAACGGAAGCAAUUCUACUGGGUCAUUAUCGCUUGUCACAAGAUACAGACAAUCAGACCAAAGUAUUUGCUGUGAUAACUAAGAAAAAAGAAGAAAAGCCGCUUGACUAUAAGUUCCGGUAUUUCCGCCGCGUCCCCGUACAAGAGGCUGAUCAGAGUUUCCACGUGGGGCUGCAGCUGUGCUCCAGUGGUCACCAGAGGUUCAACAAACUCAUCUGGAUCCAUCAUUCCUGUCACAUCACCUACAAACCGACCGGAGAGACGGCAGUCACUGCCUUCGAGAUCGACAAGAUGUACCCGCCUUUGCUGUUCGCCAGGGCGAGGAGCUACACCGCGUCCUCCGAGAGGCCCCUGUAGCCCCACACCCCCCCGCCCCGCCGCAUGAGUAGACGCAUAUAGAGAAACAGAGCGCCUAAGUUAUAAAUGUACAGAUAUAUAUAUAUAUGGGGCUGGAACUUAUUUUACAUUGUUGGAGUUCUCUCAAGAGUAUAAAUCGAUUAUUUUUUUUAUUUAAAGGGAGAGUUGAUUCUUGGGGUGUUGGUUUUGAAAUGAAGAAGUGGGAAUCACAAGUCUUAAGUACAUUUAUGUUGUGAAAAAACACCGGAGGUUUAAAUCAUGCCCUUCUUGGAGCAGCCUUGUGUCACGUGGGCUGUCCCCUGCCCGCUCGGUCAUCCCAGCAUUUCAGGGCUUGCGGGGGGGGGGUGCCCCACGGGGGUCAGCAUUCGUUUCAUGGAGGGCACGGUGUGUUUUCACCAAAGGCUCAACAUGUGAACACCCCUUCUGGGUUUGUUUGAAACUGUUUGACCAAUAAAGAUCAUAAAUAAAUGUUUCUUUCGAGAAAAUA